AUGGUUCCGCCUCAACAACAGAGUUAUGAUCCUGAACUUAACACAGGCCUCAAUACCAAUCCAGGAUUAACAAAUAUCGUGGAUGAUUUAUUCUCGGUGGAUUUCUUACCAACAGAUCCGUUACAAACCUUGGUGCAGCAGAUGUCUUACAAUGAUAUCAUCCCUCAACAAUCGGGAGAAAGUGUCGCUACCCCAUCUAAUGCAGGCUCUGUUACUUCAUCCAUCGACUCGGUUCCAAAUAGAUCUCCAAAAUUUAAAGAUGUUGGAAAGGAGAACAUUAAGGACAAUUUACUGGCACAGAAGUCGAAAGUCGGAGAGUUAAAAUCGCAACUGAAACGGUCAGCAACAGUUUCUACCGUUGAAUCGGAUUCUCACAGACUAUCAAAAAAGCAGAGGUCUAAGCUGAUAUCCAGGCCGUCAUUUUUCAAUAUAGACCCUAACUCGAAGUUCAAACUAUCGUUGGAAAGACAAGGUACAUUAGCACUGCUAAUCGCGGACGUGAAAUAUAUUAUGUUAAACAAAUUACAAACUGCAUUGAAGUCAUACUGGUUGAAUUUCCAUCCACAAUAUCCAAUUUUGCAUAAACCGUCAUUUGACAUUGAGAAAGAGCCUCCAAUUCUUAUUCUUAGUAUGAUUAUGACCGGUGCUUCCUAUCUGGGAUCUGCCACUCGUCGUACGAUAAGUGAUGUUAUUGCAGGACCAUUACGUUGGUUGAUAUUUUCGCAUGAAGAUUUCCAACCACCAUCGGAGACUUAUAUUAUUCAGUCACUUUUAUUGCUUGAGUGUUAUGAAAAGACCAGUACAAAUAGAUAUUUGCAUGAAAGAAGUUAUUUGCAUCAUGGUACCACAAUUCAAUUACUUCGUAGAACUCCUUCCUUGGGAGGGCAUCCGUUACGUGUCAAGAAGGAACAAUCACCAUCGAAUUACGAAUCAAUGGAAGUGAUAUACAAAAAUUGGAUCGAUUUUGAGACUUUGAAAAGAACAGCAUUAUACGCCUUUUACAUUGACACAACUCACGCAGUUGUGUUCGGAUACACAUACCUAUUUAUUCACUGUAAUCAAGUGAGGAUUUCGUUGCCAUGUUCGGACGAGAUUUGGGACAGCUACGAUUUAUCGCUCGACAAAUUAUUGCAACAUGGAUUUGGAAGCAAGGAUAUAAGCUUCCUUGACGCGUUGAAAGAGCUUUUGAACCAUGUGAUGCAUCAGUUGCAAAGAUCGAAUAACACAAACAGUUGGACCAAGUUGAAAACGAGCAAAUUUGGCAAUAAAUUGCUACUAUCUGGGUUGAUAUCUAUCAUGUUCCAAUUGCAACAACAUUCGGAAGUGAUUUCACUUGGUGCCGACAACCCAUUAAGCGUACAAAAUAUACAUUGGCAGGAGAUCAUUUCAUUCGCCAUCGAUUACUGGCAUCAAGAAGUCAUGCACGGUUGUAACAAUUCAUCAAACUCAGUCCUGUCCCACAUAGAUGCGGUGGACGACGAAGGAAUCAAACUGUUGAGGCUAGAUGACGUUCGCUCGUGUAAGAUUCCAGCCUACCACAUGACCCAAAUUAUACUAAGAAUAUUCCAAUACGACUAUUACAUAUAUGUAGGCGCACCUUGGAGAAUGAACGUUCGUGCUGGCACUGAAGAAUAUGCAUUGGUGAGCGAAAGAAUCCUAAAAUUCAGUCAAGACCCGAUGCAAGGUGGAAUGGCCAUUAUUUAUGCUUAUAUGUUCUUAUUCGAGAUGUUCCACAACGGAGAAGAUAUGUCAUGUGACGUGAAUCUCGACUAUUGUAUCACUAGACCAAACACCUUGGCAUUGACCACACUCUUAAUUUGGUCUUACAAUUACUCUCUAUACGGCCCAGAAACCCAUAUUUGGGACAACUCCCCUGAUGCAUCAUUAAAGAUGAACAUGAAGGUGAAAUCGGAAUAUGUCCCCAUAGAAACCUUCCAACAACAUCUGAAGAAAAUGUACAGGUACUUAAAAGUUAAAGAAAAUCUCGACGUAUUCACACACCACCAACAACUGAAAGAAAAGGCAAGGCUACUAAGAAACAUCCCAAACACAAACCAUCUCGCCGGAAUGAUGCUAUUCAUGAGAGACAUGUUCCAUGGAUGUUAUUGGGAAUUGGGUAGAGAAUUCAGUAAUUUAUUCGACAACUGCCUGGAAAGAUCCAUCGGUAGAGAAAAAGCUGUAUGCGAACACAUGUACGAGACUUGA